AUGCUCAACCAAGGUUAUCACAUUUUAGCUGAGCUAACCCUCCUAAAACUGAAAAACAUAUCUGGAGUUAUUGUUAGUCCAUGUGAAAAUGAUCCACUUAAAUGGCUCGGGAUUAUUUCUGUUCGAAGUGGUUACUAUUUUGGAGGAGUUUUCGAUUUUGUCUUAUCUCUGCCAGAUGAUUUUCCAUCAACAAAACUGCCGAAGCUCUAUUUAUGUAAAGAAUUUUAUCAUCCUCAUGUAGACUGGAUUACCGGAGAGGUGAGCGUGCACACGGAAUUCCCGAUAUGGAAUCCAGACAAGCACCAUAUUUGGCAUAUUCUUCAUUAUUUUAAACGGUUGUUGACUAGUCCAACAAGUAUUAUUGUUUCAUCACUUGCAGAACAAACUGCUUGUAUCAAAAACAUGAGAGAUAUGAAGUAUGCUAAUCCAGAAGCAGCUAACGCACUGAUUCACCAUCCGGAAGAAUUCGAUACUCGGGCUAAAGGAUGUGUCACUAAACUCUCUGUAUGGACACAGCCAUCACAGGAUAUCCCUUCAUUAAAUCUUUCUGGAUGGAUGAAUGACAGUAUACUGAGUGAUGCACGAGAUUUACUGCAGAGAUUCAAAGAUUCCAAUGAUGAUGAGGAAAAAUUUGUAAGUCAAGGGUUUUCUUGGAUCGAUCCAAAAACGAUGUCGAUAUUUUCUAGUGAAACACCUGUUAAAUCGAAUUCUCCGACAAAUACAUAG